CGCUAGUGGUCUGUACAGUCGGGAGGUUUUAAUGGCAGCGCCCUUUUCUUUCAAAACUGUUCAAUAUGAUGAACGAAGAGGCAGCUCAAAAGAGCGACAGUGGGGAGAAGUUCAAUGGUUGUAGUCAGAGGAGGAGAAGACCCAAAAAGUCUGACAGCAAUGCCAGCUUUCUUAGAGCGGCCAGAGCUGGCAAUCUUGACAAAGUGGUGGAGUAUUUAAAGGGAGGAAUAGACAUCAAUACAUGCAAUCAGAAUGGACUCAAUGCCUUGCACCUGGCAGCCAAGGAAGGCCAUGUGGGACUGGUCCAAGAGUUGUUGGGAAGAGGAUCAGCCGUAGAUUCUGCCACUAAGAAGGGGAAUACAGCUCUACACAUUGCAUCUUUGGCUGGACAAGCUGAAGUUGUCAAAGUUCUGGUCAAGGAAGGAGCCAAUAUUAAUGCACAGUCUCAGAAUGGCUUCACUCCUCUAUAUAUGGCGGCUCAAGAGAAUCACAUUGAUGUAGUGAAAUAUUUGUUGGAAAAUGGAGCUAAUCAGAGCACUGCUACAGAGGAUGGCUUCACUCCCCUGGCUGUGGCAUUGCAACAGGGACACAACCAAGCUGUGGCAAUCCUCCUGGAGAAUGAUACAAAGGGGAAAGUGCGCCUGCCUGCCCUGCAUAUCGCUGCUAGGAAAGACGACACCAAAUCUGCAGCUCUCCUGCUCCAGAAUGACCACAACGCUGAUGUUCAAUCCAAGAUGAUGGUGAAUAGGACUACUGAGAGUGGUUUUACCCCAUUGCACAUAGCUGCACACUAUGGAAAUGUUAAUGUGGCAACACUUCUUCUUAACCGAGGAGCUGCUGUGGACUUCACAGCCAGGAAUGGAAUCACCCCUCUGCAUGUGGCUUCCAAAAGGGGAAACACAAAUAUGGUGAAGCUCUUACUGGAUCGUGGAGGUCAGAUCGAUGCCAAAACCAGGGAUGGGCUGACACCACUUCAUUGUGCAGCACGGAGUGGGCAUGACCAGGUGGUAGAACUUCUUUUAGAAAGAGGAGCCCCCUUGCUGGCAAGGACCAAGAAUGGACUGUCUCCACUUCACAUGGCUGCACAAGGGGACCAUGUUGAAUGUGUAAAACACCUGCUACAGCAUAAGGCCCCAGUGGAUGAUGUCACCCUGGAUUACCUGACCGCCCUCCAUGUUGCUGCACACUGUGGCCACUACCGUGUGACCAAACUUCUCCUGGACAAGAGAGCCAAUCCUAACGCCAGAGCCUUGAACGGUUUUACUCCACUGCACAUUGCGUGCAAGAAAAACCGCAUCAAAGUCAUGGAACUGCUGGUGAAAUAUGGGGCCUCAAUCCAGGCUAUAACAGAGUCUGGCCUCACACCAAUACAUGUGGCUGCUUUCAUGGGCCACCUGAACAUAGUCCUCCUUCUGCUGCAGAAUGGAGCCUCUCCAGAUGUCACUAACAUUCGUGGAGAGACUGCGCUACAUAUGGCAGCCCGAGCUGGGCAGGUGGAAGUAGUCCGUUGCCUUCUAAGAAAUGGUGCUCUCGUGGAUGCCCGAGCCAGGGAGGAACAGACUCCCUUGCACAUUGCUUCUCGCCUGGGUAAGACAGAAAUAGUCCAGCUGCUUCUACAACAUAUGGCUCACCCAGAUGCAGCCACUAAAAAUGGAUAUACGCCGCUGCACAUCUCAGCCAGGGAAGGCCAGGUAGACGUGGCAUCAGUACUUCUAGAAGCAGGAGCAGCCCACUCUUUAGCUACUAAGAAGGGAUUUACACCAUUGCAUGUAGCUGCAAAAUAUGGAAGCUUAGAUGUGGCAAAACUGCUCUUUCAACGCCGUGCUUCCCCGGAUUCUGCUGGCAAGAAUGGCCUCACCCCACUCCAUGUUGCUGCUCAUUAUGACAACCAGAAGGUGGCGCUGCUGUUACUGGAGAAAGGUGCAUCUCCUCAUGCCACUGCCAAGAAUGGCUACACUCCUUUGCAUAUUGCUGCUAAGAAGAAUCAGAUGCAGAUUGCUACUACAUUACUGAACUAUGGAGCAGAGACCAACAUUGUGACAAAGCAAGGGGUCACUCCACUUCAUCUGGCCUCUCAGGAAGGCCAUACUGAUAUGGUAACCCUGCUCCUGGAUAAAGGCUCCAACAUCCACAUGUCAACUAAGAGUGGACUGACAUCCUUGCAUCUUGCAGCUCAAGAGGAUAAAGUGAAUGUUGCUGAAAUCCUUACUAAGCAUGGUGCCAACAAGGAUGCUCAGACUAAGCUUGGUUAUACUCCUUUGAUUGUGGCCUGCCACUACGGAAAUGUAAAAAUGGUCAACUUUCUUCUGAAGCAAGGAGCAAAUGUCAAUGCAAAAACCAAGAAUGGUUACACGCCUCUGCAUCAAGCCGCCCAACAAGGCCACACUCACAUCAUCAACGUGCUUCUCCAGCAUGGGGCCAAGCCAAAUGCCAUUACUGCUAAUGGCAACACUGCGCUAGCAAUUGCUAAACGUCUGGGAUACAUCUCUGUGGUCGACACGCUGAAGGUUGUAACUGAGGAGGUUACCACCACCACAACGACUGUUACUGAGAAACACAAGCUAAAUGUACCUGAGACAAUGACCGAGGUCCUUGAUGUUUCUGAUGAAGAAGGUGAGGAUACCAUGACAGGUGAUGGCGGGGAGUAUUUGAGACCUGAAGAUUUGAAAGAACUAGGUGAUGACUCCCUGCCCAGCAGCCAAUUCCUUGAUGGAAUGAGUUACCUGAGAUACAGCUUAGAGGGAGGACGAUCGGACAGCCUUCGAUCCUUCAGUUCAGACAGGUCCCACACCCUGAGCCAUGCCUCCUACCUGAGGGAUAGCGCCAUGAUUGAUGAGACAGUUGUGAUCCCCAGCCACCAGGUAUCAACUUUGGCCAAGGAGGCAGAAAGGACUUCCUAUCGUCUCAGCUGGGGUACUGACCAUUUAGAUAAUGUGGCUCUUUCUUCCAGUCCAAUUCAUUCUGGUUUCCUGGUUAGUUUCAUGGUGGAUGCCCGAGGUGGUGCUAUGCGUGGUUGCAGACACAAUGGACUCAGGAUUAUCAUUCCACCUCGGAAAUGUACUGCCCCAACACGAGUCACUUGCCGAUUAGUCAAACGCCAUAGACUGGCCACAAUGCCCCCGAUGGUGGAAGGAGAGGGCCUGGCCAGCCGUCUGAUUGAAGUUGGACCUUCUGGUGCCCAGUUCCUUGGUAAACUUCACCUGCCAACGGCUCCUCCCCCACUUAAUGAGGGAGAAAGCUUGGUCAGCCGAAUCCUUCAGCUGGGGCCUCCUGGAACCAAAUUCCUUGGGCCUGUAAUUGUGGAGAUCCCUCAUUUCGCGGCCCUUCGAGGAAAAGAGAGGGAACUGGUGAUUCUUCGAAGUGAAAAUGGAGACAGCUGGAAAGAGCAUUAUUGUGAAUACACAGAGGAUGAAUUGAAUGAAAUCCUCAAUGGUAUGGAUGAAGUGCUCGAUAGCCCAGAAGAUUUGGAAAAGAAGCGUAUAUGUCGCAUCAUCACCAGAGACUUCCCACAGUACUUUGCCGUGGUGUCCCGUAUCAAGCAGGACAGCAAUUUGAUCGGACCAGAGGGAGGUGUGCUAAGCAGUACCGUGGUGUCCCAAGUGCAGGCUGUGUUCCCUGAGGGAGCGCUAACAAAGCGGAUCCGUGUUGGUUUGCAGGCCCAACCUAUGCACAAUGAACUCAUUAGGAAGAUCCUGGGCAAUAAAGCUACUUUCAGUCCAAUAGUCACUUUGGAACCCAGAAGAAGAAAAUUUCACAAGCCAAUCACAAUGACAAUUCCUGUCCCCAAAGCCUCCAGUGACGGCAUGCUGAAUGGUUUCGGGGGUGAUACACCUACUUUAAGGUUACUAUGCAGCAUAACAGGUGGAACGACUCCAGCACAGUGGGAAGAUAUCACAGGGACCACACCACUCACAUUUGUCAAUGAAUGUGUUUCCUUUACAACUAAUGUGUCUGCCAGGUUCUGGUUGAUAGACUGUCGACAAAUUCAGGAAUCUGUUACUUUUGCUUCCCAAGUGUAUAGAGAGAUUAUCUGCGUACCCUAUAUGGCCAAAUUUGUAGUGUUUGCCAAAUCACAGGAUCCCAUCGAAGCACGGUUGCGAUGCUUCUGCAUGACUGAUGACAAAGUGGACAAGACUCUAGAACAACAGGAGAACUUUGCUGAGGUCGCCAGGAGCAGGGAUGUGGAGGUAUUAGAAGGAAAACCUAUCUACGUGGACUGCUUUGGGAAUCUAGUACCACUGACAAAGAGUGGUCAACAUCACAUAUUCAGUUUUUUUGCCUUCAAAGAAAACAGACUUCCACUGUUUGUCAAGGUACGGGACACAACUCAGGAACCUUGUGGAAGACUUUCCUUUAUGAAGGAGCCCAAAUCGACAAGAGGAUUGGUGCACCAAGCGAUCUGCAAUUUAAAUAUCACACUGCCACUUUAUACUAAGGAGUCAGAAUCAGAUCAAGAGCAGGAGGAAGAGAUCGAUAUGACAUCAGAAAAAAACGAUGAGACAGAAUCUACAGAAACGUCUGUCGUGAAAAGCCACCUCGUUAAUGAAGUUCCCGUCCUAGCAAGUCCGGACUUGCUCUCUGAAGUUUCUGAGAUGAAGCAAGAUUUGAUUAAGAUGACUGCCAUCUUGACAACAGAUGCCUCAGAUAAGACAGGCUCUAUUAAGGUGAAAGAGUUGGUAAAGGCAGCUGACGAAGAGCCAGGCGAGCCUUUUGAAAUUGUUGAAAGAGUUAAGGAGGACUUAGAGAAAGUGAAUGAAAUUUUGAGAAGUGGAACAUGCACCAGAGAAGAACGCCUAAAUCAGAAGUCUCAGUCAGGGAGAGAAUUAGUAGAAGAAGAGUGGGUUAUUGUCAGUGAUGAGGAAAUUGAAGAGGCUAAGCGAAAGGCUCCCUUAGAAGUCGCGGAAUCUCCGUGUGUAGAGGUUAGACUAGAAACAGGGAAAAAAGAAGAAGUUAAAAAAGACCCAACUGGGAUAGUGAAGUAUCUCACUGAUGAUCUAAAUUCUUAUGAGGCUCUUCACGAAGUGCGGCCACAGACAGGCCAAGAUGCAGUAGGAAAGAAAUCUGGGGCUACUGAUAUUAGCAGGAGUUCAGAAAAGGAGGGCCAAGAUGAGACACAGAGUAUACAAGAACCACACAGACCAAGCUUGGGGAUAAAGAAGCCAGUGAGGAGGAAAUUAAAAGAAAAGCAAAAGGAGGAAGGUUUACAAACCAGUGAAGGCACAGCUGACCUUAAAAAAUGUAGCUCAGAGGAGUCAUUAGAUGAGGAAUCAGGCUUAGCACCUGAAGCUGUCCCCACUGUCAGAGCUGUGUCUCCAGUGAUAGAAGAAACACCCAUUGGCUCAAUAAAAGACAAAGUAAAGGCACUGCAGAAACGCGUAGAAGAUGAACAGAAAGGCCGCAGCAAAUUGCCUGUCAGGGUGAAAGGUAAAGAGGGUGUAACUCAGGAGCUCCCUAAAAAGACAAUUCACAGGUCACAUCUCCCUGUGUCACCGUCAGCUAAAACAGAAAGACAUUCACCUGCUUCACCCUCCGCUAAGACAGACAGACAUCCUCCUGUUUCAGGCUCAGCUAAAACAGAGAGACAUUCACCUAUAUCACCCUCAGCCAGAACUGAAAGGCCUCCACCCAUGUUGUCUUCUGGGAAAACAGAGAAACACCCACCUGUAUCACCAUCCAGCAAAACAGAGAGACGACCACCUGUUUCACCUUCUGGGAAAACAGAGAGACGACCACCUGUAUCACCUUCAGGGAAAACAGAGAAACACCUACCCAUAUCGCCUUCUGGGAAAACAGAAAGACACUCUUCCACUUCACCAUCCUCAAAAACAGAAAAGCACCCACCUGUAUCGCCAUCCUCAAGAACAGAGAAGCACCCACCCGUGUCACCCUCUUCAAAAGCAGAGAAGCACCCACCUGUAUCACCCUCCUCAAAAGCUGAGAAGCACCCACCUGUAUCACCCUCCUCAAAAGCUGAGAAGCACCCACCUGUAUCACCCUCCUCAAAAACAGAGAAGCACCCACCUGUAUCACCAUCUUCAAGAACAGAAAGGCUUGAAGAGACAAUGUCAGUUCGAGAAUUGAUGAAAGCCUUCCAGUCAGGUCAGGACCCAUCUAAACAUAAAACUGGAUUAUUUGAACACAAAUCUGCAAAACAAAAACCACCACAAGAGAAAGGAAAAGCCCGGGUAGAAAAAGAAAGGGGUCAGGCACUAACACAGAAAGAAAGCCCCGAGAAAUCAGAGAGUCAGACAAUCAAACGAGGCCAGAAGUUUCAGACAACAGUAUCUUCUGAUUCCAAGAGAGGAGCUCGGGUUUCCUCAGGAGGCGUGAAGAGAGAAGAUGUAGUUGGCGGAAAGGAGAAAGUCUUGGGUCUAAAAAUAACUGAACCCACUCACUCAGUGCUUCAAGAAGAAAGCACAAAAGAGAGUUCCUUAACAAAGGGAAAGGGAGCUGAUGAACUGGGAGACCUUGAUCUCCAGAUCAGCCCAGACAGAAAAACCUCAACUGACUUCUCUGAGGUCAUUAAGGAAGAGCUAGAAGACAAUGACAAAUACCAACAGUUCCGACAGCAUGAAGACACAGGAAAGGCACAGGUCCAUUUAGAUCAAGUGCUCACAAGCCCAUUCAAUGCCACUUUUCCAUCUGACUACAUGAAGGAUGGGUUUUUGCCUGUGCUGACUUUACAGAGCGGUGCUUUAGAUGGCAGCUGUGAAAACCUUAAACAUGAGGGGGUGGCUGCUUCUCCAUGUGGAAGCCUCAUGGAAGGGACACCACCUCAGGUUAGCUCAGAGGAAAGCUAUAAGCAUGAGGGACUUGCAGAGACUCCUGAGACAAGCCCUGAAAGUCUUUCUUUCUCACCAAAGAAAAGUGAUGAACAAACUGGGGAAACAAAGGAAAUUGCCGUGGUAGAUGGGCCAAGUGAAACCCAUUCAGCAAAACAAUACCCCACAACCAAAGAUGUCACAGAUGCUUCUGAAAAGCCACUUGCUAUAGUUAAUAAGACUGAGAAGUCUACUGCUGAGUGUCCUUCAAAAGAGGCUGAUGAGGACAGUUCUAGGGAUAUAUGCCACAGACAAGAAGUUGAUCAUACGAGCACCAGCAGCAAUAGUACAAGCCUACCCAAGGAAGCAUCAGAAGAACUUGCCAAGGAAGCCGGCAGUGAAAGUCAGUUGACGCUUGAUGGCUCAACCUCCCUGACACAAGCUGGUGGCAAGGACAAAGAACCAACCACCGAUGAACACACAGAUCAAACAAAAGCUUCAGAGCUUUCUGACACCUCCAUACAGAAAGAUGAAGAUCUGGACACCUCUGUAAAGAAAGGUAAAGAGUCAGAACCUGAGCACCAUGGCAUUGUCAGAAGCCCCCAAGGACUAGAACUUUCCCUUCCUAGCCAUGAUAGUGAAGGCCUCAGCCCCGUAGCUGAUGAAUCAUUGGCAAUCAGUCACAAAGACUCUUUGGAAGCAAGUCCAGUCCUAGAAGACAACUCCUCCCACAAAACCCCUGACUCUUUGGAGCCCAGUCCUUUGAAGGAAUCCCCUUGCCGUGAUUCCCUUGAAAGCAGUCCAGUUGAGCCAAAGAUGAAGGCUGGAAUUCUCACAGGUCACAUUCCACUUCCUGCACCCUCCUCCAAAGCCGAAGCCUUCACAGAGCUAGCUUCUGUGCGUUCCAGGCUUCUCCGUGACCCUGAUGGUAGCGCUGAGGAUGACAGCUUAGAACAAACCUCUCUAAUGGAGAGUUCUGGGAAGAGUCCUCUUUCUCCUGACACCCCCAGCUCAGAAGAAAUUAGUUAUGAAAUCACCCCCAAAGCAACUGAUGCCAAUGCACCUAAGCCAGCAAUCAUCCCUGAAUGUGCAGAGGAGGAUGAUUCUGAAAAUGGAGAAAAGAAGAGGUUCACCCCUGAAGAGGAAAUGUUUAAAAUGGUAACCAAGAUCAAAAUGUUUGAUGAACUGGAACAGGAAGCCAAGCAGAAGAGGGACUGCAAAAAGGACUGUAAACAAGAAGACUCCUCUCCAGGCUCUGAGCCAGAUAGUGACAAUACAGUUGCAGGAGAAGAAAAAAAGCCUAUGGCAAGUGAAGAAAGGGAAGGGGACACACCAGUAGUAGUCAUGAUAUCUGAAAGCAGGAAGACAUCCUCGUCCUCAGAGAGUGAGCCCGAGUUGACCCAGCUGAAGAAGGGUGUUGACUCAGGUCUCUUGGAGCCAGUCAUCCGAGUACAGCCUCCUUCUCCACUUCCAUCUGACUUAGAUUCCAAUUCCAGCCCUGAAGAAGCAGGAUUCCAGCCCAUUGUUUCUAAGCAAUACACUUUCAAAAUGGAGGAAGAGACCCAGAAAGACCCAGCGAAGCCUACAGUGGACAAAGAUUCUGAAUCUCCUUCUCCUGAGGAAAGAGACACAGUUUCUGUUGAAGAAUCAGAGGAUCUGUAUUCUGAUGCCAGCAAGGAGAUAGAAACCGUCCAAGCAGAGUCUUGUACUGGACACAAAUGUGAACACAGCGGUCCUAAUGAGCCAGCCAUUUCCUUCCAACCAGGCAUCAAAACUUCCACUGGUGAUGAUUUUGAAGAGGAAUCGGUAGCCCACAAAAAAUCAUUACAUCAGCAAGAUACUCAGGAAAAAGACAUAGCAGGAGAAAAGCAAGAUCUUGAUGUUUACAGAAUUGAAUCCACCAAAGUAGAUUGUCCCUGUGAAGAAAGCUCUGAAUUCUUGCCCUCAGUUUCCCAUUGCUCAACAUCUGAUGAAAUAGAGCAAGAUAAAGAUAGCUCUGCCACAUCCUCAGCUGUAGAAUUAGACACGGCGAAAAGUGAUCACAGUUUUGAGAGCUCUACCAAGAAUGUUCCUACUGAAGACUCCUCCAUUGCUCUCGAUACAGAUAAAUUGUCCAUGGUUGUUCCUGUAACUGAUGCGGCUGACACUGAUGAACAUUAUGCUCCACAGAUCACAAGCCCUUAUGAAAAUGUCCCUUCCCAAUACUUUUUCUCUAGUGAAGAAAGUAGGACCAAAACAAUCACUAGACAAACAGGAAACUUGCUUUCCACUGAAGCUCAUUCUAUUACCGUAAAAUCCACUGUUCAUGACACAAUAGUGGAGAGUUCCUUUAGUGGAUCUGUUUCAAAGGAAACAUCACUUUUUGAAGACCAGUACAUGGAAAUAGAACCAAAACAAGAAAGUUCCCUGCAAACAGGUGACACUACCUCAUCCCUAGGAAUGCCUGCAUCUGCCAGUGAGCAGAGAAGUAAAGUCAUCAUCACCAAAACGGAUGUGGAUUCUGAUUCCUGGAGUGAAAUACGGGAAGACGAUGAAGCAUUCGAGGCUCGAGUGAAAGAAGAGGAACAAAAGAUUUUUGGAUUGAUGGUAGACAGGCAGUCCCAGGGUACAACGCCUGAUACCACACCUGCUAGAACACCAACGGAAGAGGGGACACCUACGAGUGAACAAAAUCCCUUUCUCUUCCAGGAAGGAAAACUGUUUGAGAUGACCAGAAGUGGUGCCAUUGACAUGACCAAAAGAACCUAUGCAGAUGAAAGUUUUCACUUUUUCCAAAUUGGGCAAGAAGCCAGCCAAGAGACUUUAUCCAAAGACAUAAAAGAAGGGACAACAGUGGAGCCUUCUCUGUUGGAGAGAUUACCAGAAUCAGUGGUAGAUUCUGAAGAAAUUGCACAAGAAACAGAUUUGCCAACAGAAGACUCGAGUGAGAAAGUAGAUGAAAAAGCCUCUAUAGAUGCUGGAGCCAUCAAAGCUGAACACACAUCAAGAAUUCCAGUCGAAGUGGGAAUUUCAGCUUCCUCUCAAUCAACCACAAAAGAGGCAAUUUCCACAGACACAACAGAAGCUGAGACUUUCUUCCCUCAGGAAACUGGUGAUGUGGCUAGUGCAUCCAGCACAGCUCAGAUGCCUUGUUCUGACUCCCCCGAGACUAUUACAGAAGUUCAGUUAGACUUUUCUACUGUCACCAGGUCUGUCUAUUCUGAACGAGAAGAUGAUUCCCCAGACUCUUCCCCUGAGGAUCAGAAAUCUGUGAUUGAAAUACCCACUGGAGCCACAGAGAAUGUGCCUUCUGCUGAAAGCCAGUCCAAAAUUCCUGUCCGGACUCUACCACCUUUGUCCCCAGAAUUGCCACCUGUAGAAUGUGAGGCUUCCAUUUCUGAGGAUUCUCUACUCAGCCCAGAUGAUGAAAGUAAGAAUGAUGAAGCAAAACCAAAGUCUAAAAUCCCCAUCAAAGCUUCCUUCCAAAGAAUUGAGCAACAGUUUACACACACAGAGAUAUCUGACCAGCAGGCAGUGAUUCCUCAGCCCUCAGACCCAAUAAGCAAAGGACAUGAUAAUCGAAGUAAAUCUGAAUCUGAUGCUAGCUCUUGGGAUUCAAAGACCAAGCAUCUAGAAAAAGCUAGGAGUUAUGUUGAGGUAGAAUCAGAGGCCAGAGAGGGUUCAGGGGAGACCCAGCUCCAGUUAGAAACAGAUGAGGGAACUCUACAACCAAAGACAUUUUCCUCAAGGUUGCCAGUUAAAAGUAGAAACACCUCUUCAUCUUGCAGGACCAUUAGCCCCACAAAAGAUAGUAAGGAACACUUUUUUGACCUUUAUAGAAAUUCCAUAGAGUUCUUUGAGGAGAUUAGUGAUGAAGCUUCCAAGUUAGUAGAUAGGCUUACCCAAUCAGAGAGGGAGCAAGAAUUAGUGUCAGAUGAUGAAAGCAGCAGUGCCCUGGAAGUUUCUGUAAUUGAAAAUGUGCUACCCGUUGAGACGGAGCAGUCAGUGCAAGAGGACAUCUUUGAUACCAGGCCCAUUUGGGAUGAGUCCAUUGAGACUCUGAUUGAGCGCAUUCCUGAUGACAAUGGCCAUGACCAUGCUGAAGAUCCGCAGGAUGACCAGGAGCAUAUUGAAGAAAGAUUGGCUCAUAUCGCUGAUCACCUUGGCUUCAGCUGGACAGAAUUAGCAAGAGAACUGGAUUUCACAGAAGAACAAAUUCACCAAAUCCGAAUUGAAAACCCCAAUUCCCUACAGGACCAGAGUCAUGCAUUACUAAAAUACUGGCUUGAAAGAGAUGGUAAACAUGCCACAGACAAAAGCCUCACUGAGUGUCUAACUAAAAUCAAUCGGAUGGAUAUUGUUCAUCUAAUGGAAACUAGCACCAUGGAACCUCUCCAAGAGCGGACUAGCCGUACUUAUGCAGAAAUUGAGCAGACAAUUGCACUGGACCAUAGUGAAGGGUUUUCGGUGCUUCAGGAAGAGGUGUGCACUCCACAGCACAAGAAGAAACAUGAGCAAGCUGUUUCUAAAGAGCACGAGCCAUCUUCCGAUCAUCCCCCCAUUGUCUCCGAAGAGGACAUUUCUGUUGGCUAUUCUUCCUUUCAGGACAGCAUCCCUAAGACUGAGGGAGAAUUGACAGUGGAAGAGCUGACUCAGCACAUUCACAAAGAGCGAGUGCAAGCUGAGUUCUCAGGGAAACUGGAAGAUCUGAUAGAAGAUUCUUCUGUCGACCACCAGCAGGAAUACUUUGUCACCACUCCAGGAACUGAACAGGCAGAAGCAAGAAAAGUUGUCCAAGUAUCUGGUUCCCUCAUUAAAACACCUGAAGAAAUUACUGCAACGUCUGAAGAAGAGAGGCUCUACCUCCAGACCCCAACGCCCAGUGAUCAAGGGGAAUCUCCCAUCGUGCAAGAACCUGAGGAGUUCCCAUUAAGUAAGGAAGAAAGCUCUCCAAGGAGCAGUGGUCUUGUCAUUGUAGAGUCAGCUGAAGACCAACCACAGAAACUUGAAAAAUCUGAAGAGGAAUCUUUUGAAAAGGGAGAUGAUAUGCCUGACAUACCACCAGAAACAGUAACAGAAGAAGAAUACACUGAUGAAUAUGGACACAUUGUGGUGAAGAAGGUCACCAGAAAGGUCAUUAGGCGGUACCUAUCCCCAGAAGGCAUAGAAAAAGAAGAAAUGACGUUGUGUGGCACACUACAGGAGCCUGUGAACAUUGAGGAAGGAGAUGGUUAUUCCAAGGUUAUAAAACGUGUGGUGCUGAAGAGUGACAGUGAACAGUCAGAGGUAACUUUCUCUGAGCCCAGUGCUUCACAGUUUCAGUCUGAGCCUGUGGAAGGCCGUAAGGUCAGCAAAGUUGUUAAAACAACGGUGGUACAUGGAGAAAGGAUGGAGAAACAUCUGGGGGAUGCUAGUUUAGCUACUGAUCUUCCAUCAGCCAAAGAUGACUUUGAAGAGGCUUUGAGUUAUACAGGUAGCCAUGCGAAAGUCCAUCUACCCAGUUUAGUAGAAAAUGAGAUCAUGAAAGAGGAUGGAUCAGUUAUUAAAAGGACAACAAUGAAUAAAGCCAGGACACAGAAGAGGACUGUAGUAAAGGACCAGCAUGGAAAACACAUUCACUUGGAACAGCUGAGGAUGUACCAGAAGCAUUAAAUCCGGAUGACCUCCAGCAUGACCUCCAGCAACUUCUUAGACAUUUCUGUAGGGAGGAUUGGAAGCAUGAGGCCAAAUGAAAGACUGCCCACAUCUUAUACAAGAAAACUACAUACCUACUUAGUAUGCAGCUUUCACUUUCUUCACUAGGUAUAGUGAUCACAAAUUGCCUAAUUAAUGGGAUACACUGGCAUUUCUACUUCUAUCACACACUUGCUUUUGGUUUUCUUUUUCUUUCUCUUUUCUUCUUUCUUUUGUUUUUAACUGUAAGCCAAUUUGUGACCAAAGAUAGUAUCCUUCAUUCUGGAUGGUUUAUUCACUAAAUUGUUGACUUUGGGCUCUACUGGGAACUCACCACUUCAGUUGUUCCUUUGCUUCCGAGCUAGUUCCAUGAGAAUCCAUUGAUCCGGACAGCACCAUCUGCAGGCCUCUUUGAGUGACCAUGUACAUGUUCUGAUGAAAAGAAUACUUCCACAAACUGUACAUAGCUAAAGUGCUUGAACUUACAAAACUUUAAAAGAAAAUGUCUAUCAUGACUACAUUUAUCAUCCUGGAAUAAAGGGUUUAUAGAAAUUGCUGAACAAUGAUUAAUAAAGAUAUUGCUAACACAAUCGACUGAAAAUACAGAUCUGCUGCAAAAGCGCCCUUCCGACCUACCUUGUCUAUAGGACUUCCAGCUUAGUGAUCUCUCACCAUGAAGGGCUGUAAGGGUCAGGUGGAGAUCACCUUCAAGUACAGCCCUUGCUGCAAAGUGCCCGCUGGCUGUGCCCAGCUACACUUUAAGACUCUCUAACUGCCACUUAAAGAAUUCUGGGGGACAAAACCAAUGAAGGAACUAAAGAAAACGAUUAAAUAAUCAAAUCUCUAGCAGCUAAACUACAUCCUAUGGCACAUUUGAAUUUUGAAAUCCUUCCAACUGGGACUUGUGGGCAGGGUGUAUUAAAUAGAUAUAACACAGUUGUUUUUUGUUCUCACUGCUUUAGCAAACCACAUUGUCUUACUGGUGGUACCUUCUGCUGGCCACUGCACUGUAGAUAACUCAGUGGGAAACAAGGUUUACUCACUAGAUAUAAAGUUAAACUCUUUCACCAUGUUUGUUUGUUUGUUUUUAAUUUUCUGGAUUGCCUCUUCCCAGAUACAUGCAUGUGGCAUUUAAAAAUUCAAUCCAAGAACAAAAACCCUCUUGUAAUCAUGUUGAGAGCUUAUCAUCCUUUCCUCUUAGCACUGAGUGAUCAGUUUUGAACUUCAGAUUGGCACUGUUUUUCUGUUUGCAGAUGAGGUUCAGAAAAUUUGAUUUUGGUUAGUAUUUUCAGUUUAUUUGUUUACAUUUUUGGCUAACAUGCUAAGACUUUACAAGAACAUUUCUGCACUUUUUGUUUGGUUUCAAAGAAGGGAAUAUAAAAUCGGAGAAAUUUCCAUGUCCUAUACCUUAUUCUUCUAGUGGUUGGAGCUGUGUAGUAUUUUAACAUAUAUAUGCAAAUAUCUACAUAUAAACAAUAUACAUUUUGAAUCAGUUAUUUGAUAAAGUGUAUUCAAAGAUGAAGGAAAAAAAAUGAGUCAAUCCUCCACGGACUGAAAAUUUUCCAAUCCUAUCUGGUCUUUUCCUGUUGUGGGGAAAAAAAAUGACUCACUCUUUGUUCUGAAAGUAAAAAAAAAAAGGCUGCAUACAAUGGCAUUUGAUCAUUAAAGUAAUAAUGCCAAGAGAAAAAAAUAAAAACAACUUUUUUGGGGGAGGCAAAGUUGCUGAGAGGCCAAACCCCUAAGACUCCCGUACUAGCACUUUUUGGCAGUCAGAUAGGGAAUAAAGUGUUCUUUGGCAGUCAAAAUGAGAGAGAUCCAGGGUGGAACAUUUAAGAUGCACCACGGAUUUCUUCUUGUCAAGGACAGCAUUGGUUGACCUUUAACGGAGCUCAAGAAAGCAUUUCUGUUGUGUUUUUUGCGGUGCAGAUGAUGUCUGUGUAACAACAUAAUGGUUAUUCACCUUUUUUGAUUUUGGUUUUUUGCUGUGUUAUCAAAGAACUUGAAUACUGUGAGAAAAAAAAAGUGAAUUUUAAGUUGAUGAAUCAGCAUCUUGUUCCCAUGGUGAUAACACCAAUUGAAUAUAUCUAUGAGGGCAUGUAUUAGUUAAAGGAAAAAAAAUUCAACACUAACAACACAUAGCUGCAAUGUGUACAAUGGCUGAUUUAAUUAAAUAAAAUGUACAAGUGUUAAAUGUA